AAUUAUUUCAUGUGAACAGUGGUCAGUGAAGCUCUUUGUUAAAAUUUCUGCGAUUUGUUUUGAUCAAGUGUUUGAGUUUUCUUUUUUUAAUAUCUUAUAUUAUUACAAUAUAUGUGAAUGAAACUGUUAAUUCUAACUUUAUCAUGUCUACUCGAGAGAUUCUAACACUUCAAUUUGGACAUUAUUCUAAUUAUGUGGGUGCCCAUUUUUGGAACAUACAAGAACUAAGUUUUGAUUAUACCGGAACGGUUAAGAGCGAAGUAAAUCAUGAUGUUCUGUAUCGAGAGGGACAAACAUCAAAUGGUGAGACUACAUUUACUCCAAGAUUGUUGAUAGCAGAUCUUAAGGGAUCACUGAAGACAUUGCCUGCUCACGGAGGGUUGGAGAAUGAGUUGAGUACUGACGAAGAAAUACCAUGGAAUUCAGUGGAAAAAAUAGAAGACCCACCUGCAUACAAAAAUGUAUACUUGACUGAUAUUGAAUCUGAAAAUACUUCAAAUAUAGAAAACAAAAAGUACAUACUUGAACAAGAUGUUAAGACCUGGACAGAUUAUUUAUAUCCUAGAUUUCAUCCGCGUACUAUUAACAUAGUUAAAGAAUACCAGCAUGGUAGUGAACAGGAAAGCUUUGAUGUUGGUUGCACUGGACGUUUAAUAUGGAAGUCAGACUAUGGAGAAACAUUUUCAGAUAACAUUAGAAAAUACGUAGAGGAAUGUGACAGCAUGCAGGGAUUUCAAGUGAACUUUGACUGUUGUGAUGGGUUUUCAGGUUUAGCACUGGGUUGUAUUGAGCAUUUAGUAGAUGAAUACACAAAAUCUAUAGUAGCCCACCCAAUUAUACCUUCAUAUUUCAAGGAUAAUGACCCUACAUCACAAGAAGAUAGAGAUAAGUCUACUUUAAAAGAUUCAAUGAGAUUGGUUAACAUUGCCUUAUCUAUUGAAGAGCUAUCGCAUAAUGCUACAUUAUUUGUACCUUUAUGUACUGGGGAGAAAGGUUGGCGGAAACCUGGAGCAGGAAGAACAUUUGAGCAUUUAAAUUAUAAGCCUGAAUUAUAUUACCAUUCCUCAGCCAUACUUGCUUCAGCAUUAGAUACUCUGAGUCAAAAAUAUAGACAUAGAAGUAACUUUUAUUCCGUGUCAGAUGUUUGUGCUGAUUUGACAGGCUACGGAAGAAAAAUGGCAGCUGCUUCACUUGGAAUUCCAUUCUCAUUCCAUGAAUCUGAAUAUCUUAUAGAUCACUUAAAUAGGACCUCUCAGCCUAUCUAUACUUCAUUAACACCCAGUUGUAAGAUAGCCACAGACAAGAUUUUCCAACUUAUUACAGUAAGAGGAAUUCCAGAACAUUAUUUGAAGGCACCGUUGAAGGAAGCUAAGGAACAAAUGAAUUUACCUGCAUACCGGUGUAGAGAUAUUAAAGAAAUGUUUGAACUUUAUUUCCAAGCUAAUAACUUUCUAUCAGCGACUAAUAUUACAGUUUGUGAGAAACCUUUAGAAGUGAAAACUCCAUUCCCAAACAUAUUUUCCGAACAACUUAACAAACACGGUUUAUUACACAAUGAUAUAAGGUCUGAAAACAUGCAAAGUUGUGCAGUUAUUAGUGGAUAUCACAAUGGGAACUUUAUGGCAGAUAUGAUUGAAAAGCUUCAUAGAGAAGUUGGCAGAAUAAAGUUUUCAAAACUACAUAAAUUUGAACAAGAAGGGCUAGAACUUAUAGAUUACCAAGAGAGUCUGAAUAAACUUGCUGAAUUCAAAGAUAACUAUGAGGAUGACUUUGAACUAUAAUUUAUAUUUUUAUCAGAGCUUCUUCUGGAUGAAGUCCUGUAUUUGGCUUAAUGAUUACUGUUGGCAACAUAAACACUUAAUUCAUCUUUACAUACACAUUUAUAUAGAUGUGCCUUUUAAAACAUUCUUCAAGGAAUAAAAAUAUACUUAUAUUUU